GAAGUCCUCUCUGCUUUUGGCGCGGUCUUGCGGUGUCGGCCAUCUUGGAAUCACAUCACUUUUCACUCAUCACUGUUUAAGGCAACUCUCUGAGACAUUGCAUGAGCAUAUUGUUCAUUGAUUGACAUCGUAUCGUUAAUUAAGAAGAGAAACCGUUUUUGCGUCUUCAUUUAACGAAGCCAACAAAUACGAUCGCUGUCUAUUGCUCGCUGAGUGGUGAAGCAAACUCAGGAUUGUCAAAAGAACCGUUAUGGCGACUGCUACCCCAAGCCGUGAAGCUGGCCGGUCGGCGGCCUCUACACCUCUCUCCCCGACCCGUAUCUCUCGCUUACAAGAGAAACAAGAUUUGCAACACCUGAACGAUAGGCUGGCCGUGUAUAUCGACCGUGUCCGGGCAUUGGAACUCGAGAACGAUCGGCUGAUGGUCAAAGUGUCUGAGAAAGAGGAGGUGACUACUAGAGAGGUGACAGGGCUGAAGGCUCUGUAUGAGGCAGAGUUAGCUGAUGCUCGACGGGUUUUGGAUGAAACUGCUAAAGAGAGAGCCAGGCUCCAGAUAGACCUGGGCAAGGCUCAGGCUGAACUGGAAGAAGCCACACGCAGUGCUAAGAAGAAGGAUAGGGAUCUUGCCGCAGCGGUGUCCAGGGCCAGUGAUUUGGAAGGCCAGCUGAAUAAGAGUGAAGCAGCUCUUUCUACUGCUUUAAGCCAGAAUGCUUCUCUCACGUCUGAGCUGGCUGAUGUCAAAAGCCUGCUGGCUAAGGCAGAGGACAGCCAUGCUAUUGCUAAGCGCCAGCUGGAGGCAGAGACACUGAUGCGUGUAGAUUUGGAGAACCGGUGUCAAUCACUGAGUGAAGAGCUGGAGUUCAGGAAGAGCAUGUUUGAAGAGGAGGUGCGUGAGUCUCGGCGUCGACAGGAGCAGAGAAUAGUGGAGGUGGACUCAGGAGUCAGACAGGACUAUGAGUUCAAACUGGCACAAGCUUUACAGGACCUAAGGAGGCAACAUGAUGAGCAAGUCUCUCUUUAUAAGGAAGAACUGGAGCAAACCUUCUUGGCCAAGUUGGAUAAUGCCAAGGUGUCCUCAGAGAUUAAUGACAAGGCAAUAAGCACAGCCAGGGAGGAGCUGCAGGAGUCCCGUAUGAGAAUAGAGAGCCUUGGAUAUCAGCUGAAUGCCCUGCAGAAACAGGUGGCUGCCUCAGAGGAUCGCAUCAGAGAGCUGGAGGAAAUUCUGUCGGCAGAGCGAGACAAGCACCGCCGUACCAUUGAAGGAAAAGAACAAGAGAUGAGCGAGCUGAGAGACAGGAUGAAUGCUCAGCUCAGUGAAUACCAGGAGCUGUUGGACGUGAAGCUCGCCCUAGAUAUGGAGAUCAAUGCAUACAGGAAACUUCUGGAGGGAGAGGAGCACAGACUGAAGCUGUCCCCCAGCCCAUCUCCACGAGUCACUGUUUCCAGGAUAACAGGAUCUUCCUCCUCCCGCUCCUCCAAGAGGAAGAGAAUAGAGGCGGAGGCUAAGGAUGUGCCAGAGGUAGGAAGAGGAGAGGGGCAGCUGCUGGUGUCAGAAGAGGCCACAGCUAGCGGAGCAGUCACCAUAUCACCAACUGACAUGGAUGGAAACGCAGUCACACUGACCAAUGAUACUGAGCAGGACCAGCCUUUGGGCAACUGGAGGUUGAAGAGACAAGUUGACAAUGGGGAUGAGGUCAUCUACAAGUUCUCCCCAAAAUUUGUCCUCAAGGCUCAGCAGUCAGUUACGGUGUGGUCUGCUGAUGCUGGCGUGGCCCACAGUCCACCAUCUGACUUGUUGUGGAAGAGUCAGGCUUCCUGGGGCACAGGAAAUGACAUAGUCACCAUUUUGAUCAAUGCUGAUGGCGAGGAGGUGGCCAGAAGGAGUGUAACCAAGACUCAGGUGGAGGUAGAGAACGGAGAGGAAGAGGAGGAAGUGAGACAAACGGGCAAGGUUUCAUCUAGAGAGUGUGCCAUCAUGUGAAGCCUUCCUGUUCUGUUGAUGCUUUGACUUCCCCACUAUACUUCUUUUUUUUUUGUUUGUUUGUUUUUAUAGAGCCACUCAGGUAUGAUCCUGUCCAUUGCCUCAUCAUUUGGUGUUUUUAUUGUUCAAGACAAUAUAAGAAUUUUUGGACUAAUGGACUCAGUUUUUACUGCCCUCUGCAUUUCUGGACCUGUUUUUAAUGAGUAAUUUCCCUAAUUACUAGCAAUGCCAAUGUCUGUGGAUCACGCAAAGAUGAUGUAUCCAAAUAUUCAGUCAAACUGUGGUGUUGCAGCUGAAUGUUCUCACCCCUAGUAAUAGUACUCUACAUGUCAAUGAUUCAGGCUACAUCCACACUAGUACGUUUUCGUUUUAAGACUCAUAACUUUUGCUACGUUUACACCUAGCGUCCACACUACAUCAGCGUUUUCGAACCCCUCAAACGGAGACUUUUGAAAACACUGCUGACCCUGUUUUAGUUUGAAAACUCCGGGAAUGCGUUUUAGUCUGGACGGGGGGAAACUUCCCUGAUUUGUUACGCCCCUAUCACGUGACCCUUUUCCAGAAAAAAAAAAUAAACAUCAUCCUUGAUUACCAGCGGUUAAUUCACCAAGCCAAAACAAAACAUUACAGCUAGCUCUGAAUACCUUUUUGUGAUUUCAUCCUUCUUGUGUGGGUACUCCUUUCUAAUUGCCAUGGCUCCCUCCGGCAAUGGAUAACGCUCCCGGUACUGCUCUAAUAUGUUGCCGUAUUUGCUUUGCAAUGACUCCCAAUCUAUAUUUUCCACUGUGUUGACGGCCUUAUACUUGUUACUUUCAGUAACAGUUCCACCUUUUCGUCAGUCCAAGAAAAGAAAUCUCUGGUUUUCGCCAUUUCUGCUCUUCGUUCAUAGUAUUUUCUGCCAGCCAACCGCAGAGUAGACAAUCUGCUUCCUGUUUACACCGACACGCGCAUGCCCAGUGUAGGAAAUUAUUUCUGAAACAGUGCUAAAAUGCUCAUGUGUACGGAGAUCUUUUUCAUUUUAAAACACCAUUUUUUUUAAAAGUUAGUUUAGUGUGGAUGUAGCCUCAAACCACUGAUUGUCUUUCAUUCUUCUGUGGUAAGCAUUUUAGUUUCAUCCUUCAUGCACAGUAGAAGACAAUGUAAUCAAUCGCACAGAAAUUAACUAAAAUAACCUUAAAUUUGAGUUCUCACAAUAAAUUACCUCUGCUGUAACUCCAAACCUUUGGGACACGCUUGGUCAUUACCUGCUGUCAAAUUCCUGAUCACAUUCCCUCUGCUUUCUCUUCCUUGUUUUUUCUUUAAAGAUAGAAAUGAAAUGUGAUAGUUUAUCUGAUCUCAGUCUUACUUGGCAGAGCUGAAUUAAACACAAACAUUUGAAAUUUGCCAGAAAGAUUUGGAGAGGUGGUGUUUGGAGCCUCGUGUGAUGUUAUCUUCCAGUUCUGAGUUGAGGCUGUAUUUCACAGUUAACUGUUGCUAUUAUCUGUAGGGGCUCCCUGGAGCUGGGCAAAGUCUUCUUGAACAGAAACACUGCAGGUUCAUUUUGACUGCCAACCUUUGAUUUCUGACAGCAGUUAUAUGGAAAAAAGUAGAGAAUCAGUUAUCUGUGCUGCCUUUGUGUGGUCUGUAGUGGAAAGAAAAUGUGCUGUGUCAUGGAACUUAGUGACUCCUCCAGGCAGCCCAACAAAAAUCUUCAGAAUGGUGAUAUCAGCAGUUUUUGCAAAUACUGAAAGCUGCUAGAAGGUCUGUUGUGCUGCCUGGGAGCACUUGGUGGUCAUGUUGCUUACCCAGUAGCAUUAGUGGCAGAGGUGGUGAGUCAGUGGCUAGUUAAUAUCGGAUUCUUCUGAAAAAUAUAUUUGAUUGCAAACCUUUAGUGCACACUAAAAUCUUAAGUCUUAACAGUGUAGGGGAGUGGUAACCUGUUCUCAAAACUUAUCAGGAUUUUUUUUGUUUUGGCCGAUGAGUAACAGUUCUUAUCAUGAGCAGCCCAUUGCAGUCUUCUGUUUCAUCUCUUGUUGACUGUAAAUUCAAUGGUCACUAAUGUUCAAUCCACCAACAUCUUCAAAAAAUAAGUAGCUCUCAAACUUGCUAAAUGUUCAGGCUCUUUUAGCCAAAACAAUGAGCUGAAGCUCCACAUAGAGCUGCAGACCAGACCAGACGCAGGAAAACGUGCAUACAGACAGGGGCAGAUAAAUGAAACUGAAAUGGAACCACAUUGCACACUUGAGUCUGCUAAAAUUGACAACUACAGAUGACCCUGUGACAGCUGUCUCAUUGGAAUGGGGCCGCAUGUGCAGCUCCUGUCUGAAAGGGGUGUUAGAUAAAUAGAUAAAUAGGUUUACAGCCAUACAACUUGUUAACUCAUGGUUAUCUGUGAAAAUGUUGUUAAAAUGCUAUCGUAAUAACAGUCACCAUUUCUAUGCUGGGAUUGUGAUGGGACCGAUUGGUCCAGAUUAUCUCUGCUGGUUUGUUUCUCCUGGAACCAUGCAAAGCAAAAUUGCUGCUCUUAAAAAGCUGAGUGGCCAAAAUGUGGCUGGAGUUAGAACUGGUGAAUGUGAGUUUGGUGUUUUGAUCCCCAGUUCUGCCUCAGAAAUAAUAUGCUUAAAAGAAAAGCCUUCUGAGUGGCUUUGUCAAUCUGAAAUAUUAAACUGACAUAACAUUGCCUCCGGGGUUUUUUGUUUUGUUUUUGUUUUCUUGAGUAUACAGAAGGUAAAUGGUGAACGCAACACUUGAUUACAUGAUACAGUGUAUGAAGUGAUGUUCUGAUGGGUUGCAUUAUCUCCAUCUCUUUAUUAUCUUCUGUUAUUUUGGAUUGCAGUACAUUGUACAAGUAUUGCUCUCACAUCUGUGUGCCAUCUUGGGAAACUCAAUUUUUCUUGUGUGUUUUUAUGCUGUGCAUUGCUAGUUAUUUUUCUAUAGAGUUCUUGUCUAUGUAAUCAGUUUGUUUACAUGAAAUAUUUCAUUUAUUUUGUGUUUAGGAUUUCUGGGUUGAUUUAAGGUUGGGUGUUCAUGGCCUAAACAAGAGUAAAAACUGAUUCUUCUGCUUAGAGUUUAAUGUCUUCACUUGAGUGAAGGAUAUGAAAACCAUUUUCUGAGUUUCAUAUGGGCAGAAGAACUUCUUGUCUAGUAAUUUGUAAGUGACCAACUUUGAACAUUUGAAUUAGAUUAAAUCUGUUAGACUGUGACAAUAAGUUAAUACUGAUCUGAUUUUGAUUGCUCUAUAAUACUGAGAUAUUGUAAGGCUUUGACAUACAAUGGUAAUUCAGUCCCUCCAGGAAUACUCAUUCUUUCAAUUCAUCCACAAAAAUUCAUGCUAAUUUAACCAAUCCCUGCAAUAUUUCCAAGAGCAAUUUAGGGGGAAAAUUUCAUUUUUUCCCACUCAAACUGACAAUGCUAAUUUUACAAAUCACUGUAAUUUUAAUAUAGAACCUUUUCCCCCAGCCAAAGUCAAAUAAGCUUCAAUCUGGUUUUUUUUUAAGUAUUUUCUUGAAUAUUAGUAUGUAUGAUCAUCACUUUCUUCUUUAAACAAUAACACAUUUUAACAGAGUUUUAGAAAAAUAAAAUAGGGCCAAAAUCCUGUCACUUUUGGCUGAACUAACCAAAAAACAACUUAGAUCCUUGGAGGGACUUUUAAAUGACUUGGGUCUGACUAGUUCUGGUACAAUAUAGAUGUGACUGUGAUAGUUCUGUUGAGAACAAUUAUCACCCAAGUUUUAAUCAGUGAAGCAGAGACCUGGUAUUGUUCAGGGGGGGCAUGCCAAAUGAAAGUUUUCAUUCAUGAUUAACUGUUGUUGAACUACUUUUUGUACACACAAUAAAUGUUUUGCAUAUACA